GGUCGGGGAGAGCUCAAAGCGCACAGGAUUUGACAGAUGUUCGAAUCGGAUAAACUGCACCACAACGAGAGAAUUGGGGAGCAUUUCAGAUUUACAUAGUGGUAGCCCAUAUACGACAAAAUGUCAGGACAAAAGAGUGCGAAUCCGUGUAAUAAAUUCCAAGCGAACAUUUUUUACAAAAGUAAAUGUCAGAACUGCUUCAAGUCUCGGGAGCUGCAUCUUCCAACUGAUCAUGGUAAGGACCAGGCCAAACCCAUCUAUGGAGGCUGGCUCUGCUUGGCUGCUGAGGGGACAGACUUUGACAAUCCAAUUCAGAGGUCAAGGAAAUGGCAGCGCCGAUUCUUCAUCCUGUAUGAACAUGGCAGCAUGAGCUUUGCACUGGACGAGUUGACAAGCACUCUGCCACAAGGAACAGUGAAUAUGAAUCUGUAUAGCGCAGACGACGAGCCCAGCCCAGCAAAGAUGGCUGCCACUGAGCCCAGUUUCUCAGUCAUGAAAAGUGGUGACCCUUGCUCAGCCUGUGGCAGGGAGAGAGCGGUCAGUGGGGGUCCAGAUGUGGCCCCUGUCUGGACUGUGACAGAUACUGAUCCCCUGGGCCUGGACGAGACCCCUGCAGGUCAUGGUCCCCACUACCUCCCUUCAGCCUCCAGUGACUCUGACCUUUGA